GCAGCACAUACGUCCGGCUUUGUGCCACCCGCCAUGCCUGCCUAAGAGCCCAUGGGAUGCGGCGGGUCAGCUGAGAAGUAUGAAGCCUCCUUUCUGCAAGUCACCGAUACGUCGGCGAGCCUCAAGGAGCCCGGCUCCAAGCCGACAAUAGCUCCCGCGGUUGUAGCCGGAGCAAGGUGGACGGCACCUGCCGCACCCGCCGAAGUAGCCCUGGCCCCGGCGGCCGAAGAAGCUUCCACUCGGCCGCCCGUGGAGCGCAAUGCGCCGAAGGGCGCGUGGCUGGUGGAGACGGCCCCCGAGACGUGGGAGGAGCUGCCUGCAGACGUGGGCGCCACCCUUACCGCAGCCUUGCAUGCCAACCAGCCGGUGGCGCUGUACACAGUGCAUGGUGCCAAGCCCAGCCAGGACGUGAGCUACGACGUGGACUUCCGGCAGCUGCUGCGGCGGGACCGCGGCUCUGGCCGCCAGCAGCGGCUGCGCUGGGACCCGACUUGGGCGCCGCGGCUGGGCGCGGCUGGCGCGAUCUCGGCGGCGGAUCCGGGCGGGGCGGCGACGCGGUACCAGUGGGAGCUGAAGAACGGCACUUGGGCUGACUUCGAGGAUGAGGAGUUGCAGCACCUCGUCCGCGCCUGGAUGAUGGGUCAUGACCAGGUGCGCUACCGAGCCAGGGGCUUGGAGUACGAGAUCCAGUUUCCGAGGAUGGUCCAAAUUAACCUCUGCACCGGUCUGAAGCGCCACAUCCGCGUGAAGCCGCUGGCGGAGCCCUCGCUCGCGCCGCCCGCGCCGACGGCUGCGCCGGCCCCGGCGGCGGCGAAGGCGGCGGCGAAGACGGCGGCCGCGUCGCGGAGGGCAGUGCGUGACAAGCGCCACAGCCUGGGGCCGCAGGAGCUAGGAGCAGAUCAGCCAGGUGAUGCACGCGGCCAAGGCGCUGACUGCCAGCCAAAGGCAGAGGCGUUGGAACUGCCGCCGGGGGUGUCCUGGCCGCUGAAACCAGAAGCGCGGAUGCCAGCAGCGGAGAUGUACGAAGACAUGUGCCGUGGUGCUUCCGGAGCGCAGGCGGAGCGCCGGAGUCGUUACAAGGCCUUGUGCUUGAAGUGGCACCCGGACAAGAACCUGGACUCUGAGGAGACGACCAUGGUGCAGUUGGGACAGCAUUGUCAUGUUGGACUUGAUCAAAACGCAGCAGCCCGGAGGACACAGCGACUGAAGUCUUUCAGUUCCUGCAGCUGCUUCGUGAUUGGUACCUCGCAUGAGGCAAAGAGCGGUCUUGCUGCUGCCCCACGGGCUUCAGACACGGCCUGUCUUUUCCUCACUACCUGAGUUCCGUUUCGGACUUUGG